AGCCAAUAAACUAAAGAUUUGUGGAGAGCUCAGUUCAAGACUUGACAUCUGAUCUGGUAGCCUUUGCAAAUUACUCUGCACCUUUAUAAAACACAUCUUCAAAGUUCAUAUCAAAACACUCAGAACCGCUUAAUUCUCAACAAAAAAAAAAAAAAAAAAAACAAUCAGAAUCGCCGUGGUGAUGGCUUCAGAAAAGAGUGAUAGUGCAGAGCCAGCAGCAGCAAAAUCGAACCAGCUGUACGUAUUUUUUGGUCAUGAAUCUUCCUCAGUCCUGUAUUCAAUGUAUGAGAUUCCUGUACCAAAUCCUCUCCCUCCUCCCCCAACGAAAGCAGCACAAAUUGCCGAAAUGCAGAACCCAAGUCCACUUCCCAACACUACCCCAAACCCAAUCCUCAAACUCAAAAGGGGUGAAUACCCUCGAGGCAUGUGUUGUGUUCAACUGGGUUCCAAAUUUUACUUCUUUGGUGGCGAGUACGAUGAUUUGGAUCACCCAUAUGUUGCUAAAGAUGUUAAGACAAAGUACAAGAAUGUAAAGCGAGAUAGAUAUCCUAGAGAUGUCUAUGUUUUUGACCCCACUAACACCAACACCACCAUUGGUGAUAACAACAAGAAGUUGAUGAUGAUAAGUGGUACACCAAUGCAGACCGGAAAGGCUAAGCCUUUGGGGUUUGUGGUGGAUGAGAAGAUUUACGUGGUUGGAAGCACUUUCACAUCCAAAUUCUUGAAAAAUGUAGACGAAAAGAAUUCAGAUAUAAAAAAGCAUGUUUUGUUUGAGGUGUAUGAUCCUGAAGUUGAUAAGUGGUCUACUUUGCCAACCCCUUCUCAUCCUUUGAUUAAGGACUCGGAGCCAGAGGAGACUGAAUGGGUGGGGCAUGCUGUUGUGGGAAGGAAGGUUCUCCUUCAUAAUCAAUUCGGCUAUGGUGUUCUUCAACACCGCCUAUAUUGUUAUGAUCUCGAUAGAGGUGAAUGGAUGAAUUACCAAAACCUGCCUUCCUACUCUGGUAGUUUCUUAGGGAGGAGUGAGUUUGUAGGGGAUACCCUUUAUGGAGUUUACAACAGGAAAGUAUCUGCAAUUGCCCCAUUAGCUGAUGCUGAUGAGGAGGAGGAGGAGAAUAUGGGUGCAGAUGUAGAGAACCCUCUUUAUUUUCCAUCUGAGGACUUGAGCUCGGUUGUGGAUGCUAUUUACCAUAAAUUUCCUCCAAAGCUGGACUCCUCAAUUACCUCAUCAAGCUUGCUUCACUUGGGGAAUGGAGUCUUUUGUUUUGUGAUGUCUGGCAGGCCCCUGCAUUACAAGCAUCGGCAUGGUUAUUAUGCAAUUGAAGAUAACAAAAAAGGUGUCAUUAGCAUCGUAAUCUUUCAGGCCCUCGGGGAUAAACACUUACGAGGUGAAGGUGAAGAUGAAGAUGAAGAUGAAUAUGGAGAUGAAUAUGGAGAUGAAUAUGAAGAUGAAUAUGAAUAUAGUAGCGAUGAAGAUGAAGGUAGCGCUGGAUUCUUCAGGGCAAAAUUCUUGUAUUCCGCUCAUUAUCACAUCAAUACCCGCUCCCGAAAUCUUGGGGAUAUCCAUGGUUGCUUCUCUCUUGGCCUGUCGUUUAACUUUGGAGAUGGGAGUGACCCUAAUUGUGCUGAGCAUGGCAAAGGGCCUAUGUCAAACUCGCCAUCUGAUCCACAUCUUGAUCCCCAAUCUGUCCCCGAUGUGCAGCCUUGGAUGAAGGAGGCGAUGGCUUGGUUCUUGCAAUAUGUGGAGGAUGAUAUUAACGACAACUUCAUUAUGACCACAAGGCCUAGUUCGCUUGGUGAGAGAAGGCACAUAAAUCACCAGCUUCCUUGGCAGCUACCGCAUCACAUGCUCACUCAAGAGUGCCCAGCUGUGCAGACUAAGAUAGCUUGGUAUGUUGCAAGGAAAGCUUUGAUUGAGGAACGACGUCAGCUGCAAGAUCUCCAAAGAGAGCACGAGAUAGUGAGGAAGGAGAAUACCAUGCUCACCAAUCAAAGGGAUCUUUACCAGUCAUGGAUUUCGCGGUUUUUUGAUGAUCAGAGAUUUCAGGCUAUUGCUGAUCCGUUUGAGCCUCGACCGGUGACAUCUUCUGUUCCCUCAUCUUCUCAGCCUACUGAGCCACUAGUCAGCAAUCAAUCUGGAGAUACCUCCCAUAGGAUGGAGACCCUGUCCUCGUCGUAGAUGCCACCCUACCAAACCAGACCUGAUGAUGCUAAUGACCAAUAGACUUGGGAUUUCUUUCUGUUUUGUCUAAUUGAUGGUAUUUGAUGUAUGGGAAUUUCCAUGAUUGUAUCUUAAACUCUUAUAAUAUAUUAAUAUGACAACUGUUCUGUGCGUUUGUGUCA